AUGCUUGCCGAUGCGGGUAUCGAUGCAUGCGCCCAGGAUGUCGAUGGAAAUACUGCAUUGCACUAUCUUGCUACUCCUUUUAAUGGUGAAUCCAGAGCCAUGCAGCUAUUGCGAGAGAUUGGAGGGGGCGAAGAGGUCUACAAUAAUUGGAAGAAUGGGGAGAACCUGACGCCCUGUACGCUGUGGGAAGCUUGCAACGAAGCGUGA